CCUUUCUCGUGGUAGGAUCGGUAAUGUCGCCACCCGGAAGUCUAAUUUAGAAAUGUUUGUCCGAGCGUUUUCUUAAAUCUGAAUCUUUUUUCCUUUAUGCGUGAUGAUUGAUCAGGCAGUGUGAUGGAGUCUGAGUGUACCUCGGCUUAUGGCAAUAACACAAAUGUAGAUUUUACUCAAAGCACUGACGAUGACCCUCUUAUUGAUGGACCACUAAUAUCCCAAGAUGUACUUGAGUCAGUGAUUAAGAGAGAGUUUCAGAAAUUACCCACUCAUUGGGCAGUGGGUGUCCUCUCGUUUUUACACGUGGUUUAUGUGGUGGUAUGCAUUGUAAUCACAGUAUUUUGCUGGAUAUCUGAUGAGUACACUACCGAGUGCACUGCGACAUUGCAUGGCAUCGACUCCAAGACCGUGGUGUUACUGGGAAAAGUUUCACUCUGGGUGAUGGUCUUUAUAUAUGAUAGAUUUGUUCAGCAUCACCACAGCGCCGUGAGACGGAGAGGUUAUCUGGACUUCUACAGACUGACCCGAGGAAUAAAAAACCUUCCACUUCUCAUUCACUCUGCAGGUAAUGCAGCGAUCCUGACUGUAAUUGCUCCAUCCUCUAUGCUGGAUGCAAGUGUGAAGAAUCUGUCUGUAUAUCUUCUGUUGGCCAUCAUCUGUCUGGAGCUCCUGCUGUCAGUUAUAUGCUUGCUUAGAUAUACAGUACAUGUGCUGAAGUUUAAUAGUAAGAAGCCACAUCCUGAUGUGACGGAAGAGGAGCGCUCUCAUGCCUGCUCCAGCGGAUCACAUACAGAGACAGGCUUCAGGGACGGCUCCAGUUUGGAGGAUGUGGUGGAAAAGCAGGCGGACCUGAUUGAUUAUCUCAAACAGCACAACAGCGUCCUGAGCAGGAGGAUCCUCACGCUGACCGCCCAGCAGAUCAGAGCCUGACCCAUGCAAACAGAGCGAGUGACUCAUGAUGGGCUCUGAAGCCUUGCGUGCGAGUGUGUGUA